UUUGUUUGCCAUUCGGAAUGAAGUGUUUGUGAAGGCGUAGUUAUAUUGUUGUUUUCCUUUUUUUACACAUUAAAAACCAAAUAAAAUGCUUAAACCCAAAGCCCUGACGCAGGUCCUCAGCCAGGCCAACACGGGCGGAGUGGAGAACACCCUAUUGCUCAGUCAGGAGGGAGCUCUUUUGGCGUAUUCGGGAUAUGGCGAUAAGGAUGCCAGGAUUACGGCGGCCAUUGCCAGCAAUAUAUGGGCUGCCUACGAAAAGCACGGUAGAAAUGCCUUCCGCGAGGAUCGUCUUACUUUUGUGCUGAUCGAUUGCGAAAACGGACAUGUUGCCAUUACACAGGUUGCCAGUGUCCUAUUGUGUCUGUAUGCCAAGCAAACUGUAGGAUUGGGUCUUCUUAAGCAGAAAGCCAUGUCGUUGGCCUCCUAUUUGGAGCGACCACUUAAGCAGAUCUCGGCCUCGUAAAGAUAACACCAAGAUAAACCACAUUGCGAACUGAAUUCGUUUAUAAGUGUAUGCAUUAAUAUGAAUUAAAAUUGUUUAUAGUGUAAAAAAA